AACUUAAUUAAGAUUGACUAAGACUGACUAUCAUUUCUUGUCCAUCACUUCCUGUAGUGGAAGUACAGAGAGCAGUAUGAACGUGCCAAGUCGAAGUACACCGCAGUGCUGGAUACCCCUGAUUACCAAGUUGCCAAGCGCAGCAAGCAGAUCAGCGAUAUCAUUUAUAAGAUGGAACACAACAAGACCAAAGCGACAAGUUACACUCUUGGACAUGACACUCCCAUGAGCCAGCACAUGAAGAAGGUCAAGGAGAUCACCAGCAAUCUGAAAUACAAGGAAGUGUAUGAAAGAAACAAGGCUCACAUCAACAUGGCACCUGACGCUCACGACAUUCGUGCCGCCAAGGAAGCCUACAAGAACAUCAGCAAUCUUGACUACAAGAAGAAGUAUGAGGCCACCAAGAACAAAUGGAUCUGGACUGUGGACAGACCUGAUUUCGUCCAUGCUGCGAAGAACAGCUUCCAGCAGAGUGAUGUUGA